CUAUCAUUUACCCAGAUGCCCAGCUUCAAGCCACCGCCCUUGGCGAACCUACGUUUGCAUUCCGUGGUACUGGAAGACAAGCUUCGCAGCUCAAGGACUGUGACCCCCGAGCCCGGAAGUGGGAUCUGGGCACGUGACAGGCUAUCGCGCAGAACUACACUUCCCAGAACGCUUGGGUCCUCGCGUGAACUACAUUCCCCAGAGGCCUUAGCGGCCGUCCCUAAUUCACCCCCUGCCCCGCCUCUCUGGACACCCGGCUUCAGCAGCAAGCGGCUCCGGGCCUCAGGUCCGCGCAGGCAGCGCCCAGGCAUCGCCAGGGGAAGGAUUCCGACCCCGGGUUGCUGUCCGCCGAAGCAGCGCUGGAGCCUCAGCCUGCGGCGCACGGCCGGGGAGGCGCGGUGCCCAGAGCCCCUGAGGUCUUGGCGAGAUCUGCCUUCUGGAGACUCCACCCAUCCUAAGGGAAGAGCCCAGAAAGAAGAUAUGGCUAUUGGACAGAGGGAAGCAAGGCCUCGGGUGUCACUGACGUUCGAGGAUGUGGCUGUGCUCUUUACGCGGGAUGAGUGGAGAAAGCUGGGUCCUUCUCAGAGAAACUUGUACCAGGACGUGAUGCUGGAGAACUAUAGUAACCUGGUCUCAUUGGGACUCCUGUUUUCCAAACCAAAAGUGAUCUCCCUGUUGCAGCAAGGAGAAGAUCCCUGGAAGGUAGAGAAAGAAAGUCCUGGAGGCCCCUCUCUAGGAUAUAAGAGCAGUCCUAAAACUACAAAGUCAACUCAAACUCAAGAUUCAUUAUUUCAGGAGCUAAUAAGGAAAAGACUCAAAAGGGAUGAACCCUGGAAUUUCAUAUCAGAAAAAUCCUGUGUAUAUGAAGACAGAUUAAAGAAACAAAAGGACAAAAAUGAAAGUUUACAAAUAAUUUCAAUCACCCAUACAAAACUCCUCACUGUAGAAAGAAGCCAUAAAAAUACUGACUUUGGCCAAAAUUUCAGCCUGAGAUCAGUCUUUGUGAAGCAACAGAGGGUCGCUAGAGAAAAAACACCCUCAAAAUAUGAAAUACAAAGAAAUAGCUUCAAGCAGAAUUCAAAUUUACUUAACCAACCAAAAAUCAAGAUAGCAGAGAAACGCUAUAAAUGUAAUAUAUGUGAAAAAGCCUUCAUUCACAAUUCAUCCCUUCGUAAACAUCAGAAAAACCACACUGGAGAGAAAUUAUUUAAAUGUAAAGAAUGUUUGAAAGCCUUUAGCCAAAGUUCAGCUCUCAUUCAACAUCAAAGAACUCAUACUGGAGAGAAACCCUAUAUCUGUAAAGAAUGUGGGAAAGCUUUCAGCCAUAGUGCGUCCCUUUGUAAACACCUUAGAAUCCAUACUGUGGAGAAAUCCUAUAGAUGUAAAGAAUGUGGUAAAUCCUUCAGCAGGAGAUCUGGCCUUUUUAUACAUCAAAAAAUCCACGCUCGAGAAAAUCCCCAUAAAUAUAAUCCGGGUAGGAAGGCAUCCGGCCUUCCUGGAUGUCAGAGAAUUCACCUCAGAAAGAAGUCCUAUUUAUGCAAUGAAUGUGGCAACACCUUCAAGUCUAGUUCAUCCCUUCGUUAUCAUCAGAGGAUUCACACUGGAGAGAAACCUUUUAAGUGUAGUGAAUGCGGGAGAGCCUUCAGUCAGAGCGCAUCUCUUAUUCAGCAUGAAAGAAUUCACACUGGAGAAAAGCCCUAUCGAUGUAACGAAUGUGGAAAAGGUUUUACUUCGAUUUCCCGACUGAACAGACACCGAAUUAUUCAUACUGGUGAGAAACUGUACAAUUGUAAUGAAUGUGGUAAAGCCUUAAGUUCCCACUCGACGCUGAUCAUCCAUGAAAGAAUUCACACUGGAGAGAAACCGUGUAAAUGUAAAGUGUGUGGGAAAGCCUUCAGGCAGAGUUCAGCCCUCAUUCAACAUCAGAGAAUGCACACUGGAGAAAGACCCUAUAAAUGCAAUGAAUGUGGGAAAACAUUCAGGUGUAACUCAUCCCUUAGUAACCACCAGAGAAUUCACACAGGAGAGAAACCAUAUCGAUGUCUGGAAUGUGGGAUAUCUUUUGGCCAAAGUGCAGCUCUUAUUCAACAUCAGAGGAUUCAUACAGGAGAAAAACCCUUUGAGUGUAACACAUGUGGGAAAACUUUCAGACAGAGCUCAUCACUUAUUGCCCAUCAAAGAAUUCAUACUGGAGAGAAACCCUAUGAAUGUAAUACAUGUGGCAAACUUUUCAGCCAGAGGUCAUCCCUUACUAAUCAUUACAAAAUCCACAUUGAAGAAGAUUCCUUGAAAGUAGAUUUGCAUGUGUGCAAGCCUUAAACCAAAGCUCAUCAGAAGAUACAUAUUUGAGAUUGAUUUAAUAAAUGUAAUGAACAUGAGAAAACUUUUAAUUUUGUUUUCAUCAGAUAUUAAAUUCUAAGGAUAAAAAGCUUUGAGUAUAUAAUGAGUAUAUGGAAAACUUUUGUACCUUUCCGUCACUUUUGAAAAUAUCCCAAGACAAGUAAAUCACAGUUGCAAAUACUGAUUUUAACCACUUGUAAGAUAAAAGAUGGGGAUUUUUCUAUCUCUUUAUAGAGCAUUAUACACUAUAUGUGAUAGGUAAACAUGAGAAAAAUCUGGGGGUAGGAAUUCUGGGUUUCUCAAAGACAUCAACUGUAUGAGCCAGUAGCAAAAGAUAAUUGAUCUUAAAAUAUAUGCACAUGUAGACCAAAUAAUAGAUAAAAAACAAACUGCAAACUACCUCAGUCUCUGGAAUUUGCCUUUUGCAAAACUGUUGUCAAACGUUCUGCAUGGUUUUCAUUAAAAAAGAGAAAGGAAAAAAAAAAACCCUGUUCUCUUACUCCUUUAUUCUUCUAGUUAUUUCCAAACUACAUCUAAGGGUCUCCC